ACGGCAAAGCCCGAGCCCGCGCUGCAGGCCCGCACUUAUCUGCGGCUUCACGGUCGAAAAUGGCGCUCGCUUCGGCCAAACAACUGCUCGAUGAGUUGAUGGGCAGGGACCGAAAUCUCGCGCCCGCAGAGAAAAAGAACACCUGCAACUGGGAAGAUCCCGACGUGUGCAAACACUUCCUGGCUCAGUUCUGCCCCAACGACCUGUUCGUGAACACCAAGGCAGACCUGGGCCCCUGCAACAAGGUGCACGACGAGCGGCUUAAGAGGGAGUACGAGGAGAGCAGCCGCUACAAACAGGAAGGCUAUGAGGAGGGUUUCCUCCAGUUCUGCCAGUCGAUGCUGUCGGACGUGGAGAAGCGCAUCCGCAGGGCGCGCCAGAGGCUUUCCCUGAGCAACCAGGAGGGUGGCAUCAAGCCCAGGGAGCCCUCGGAGCCCACGGACGAGCGGGUGAUUGUACUGAACGAGCGGAUCCAGGGGCUGCUCCAGCAGGUGGAGCAGCUGGGCUGCGAGGGCAAGGUGGAGGAAGCCCAGGGGGUGAUGAAGCUGUGCGACCAGCUCAAAGAGGAGCGCAGGGCCCUGGACAAGGACUCGGACACCGCCCACUGGCUCAAGCAAACGGCGGAGCUGGCUGCGGCCCAGGAGAAGCAGAUGGAGGUAUGCGACAUCUGCGGAGCCUUCCUCAUCGUGGGAGAUGCCCAGCAGAGAGUGGACGACCACCUUAUGGGGAAGCAGCACAUGGGCUAUGCCAAGCUUAAGGAGGCCGUUGAGGAAAUGGUGGGCAAACGCGAAAAGGAACGAGAGGACAAAGAGAAGCAGCGGGAGCGCGAGCGGGAGGAGCGCCGGCGACGCAGAGACGACGACGGCUCCCACUCACGGAGGACAGACGACAAGCGGGACGACCGCAGGGACGACAAGCGGGACGACAAGAGGGACGACCGCCGGGAGGACAGGCGAGAGGACAAGCGGGACGACAAAAAAGACGACAAGCGGCGUCGGCGCAGCCGCUCGCGGCACAGGGACGACGGGGACCGGCGCAGAGAGGACGGCGACCGGCGAAAGGACGACGCCGACCAGCGUAAGCGGGACGAGGAUAGGCGUAAGCGGGACGACGACCGGCGCAAAGAGGACGGGGAGCGGCGGCGGAGCAGCCGGCGCUCGGAGGAGCGGAGCCGCUCGCACAGGGACUCCUCGUCUCACCGGUCGUCGGGGCACGACCGGCACCGGCGGUCCGACCGGAGGGAGGACUCUCACCACCGGGACCGCAGCCGGGACCGGGGCGGCGGCUCGUCGUCUUCGAGAGUGACCAAUGGAGACGCGAGCCCCAGGCACCGAGAUGACAAGUGAGUGCGCGGGACCACAGCAGAAGAGGAGGCGCCGGGCGAGGGACGUCGGCCGGGACUGCCCGGGGGGACGAGCGGACCGGCCAAAGAAGGUGCCUGUUUGCAUUCUGUCCUCUCUGGAGAAAGCCUCUCCUCCCUUUCAGAGAUUGCUCGUCGUGGUCCCCGCUCCGGCGAGCGGACGACAAACUCGUAGCUAACCCCACGCGGAGCAAGUUUCGCCGAGAGGGGCGGGAGGCCACAUUAAAAACUGGUACUGUA